GCGACUUCCGUCUGAUUGGUGUCGCGGGUUCUUUGCUUUUAUUAGUACAGUACACGCUCGUUCUGGACCAGGCAGCUGUUGGGGAUCCUGGAUAAUGACAUCGGCAUUAGAGCAUUAUAUCAACCGAACGGUUGCAGUAAUCACAGCAGAUGGGAGGAUGAUUGUGGGAACCCUCAAAGGUUUUGAUCAGACAAUAAACUUGAUUUUGGAUGAGAGUCAUGAAAGGGUAUUCAGUUCUUCACAAGGAGUGGAACAAGUAGUGUUGGGAUUGUAUAUUGUAAGAGGAGAUAAUGUGGCAGUUAUAGGAGAAAUUGAUGAAGAAACCGAUUCUGCACUGGAUUUAGGGAAUAUACGAGCAGAACCUCUGAACUCUGUUGUAAAUUGAUUUGACAAGGAAAGGAAUUUGUACAUUUUGGUUGUAUAUGAAAUUACUUGAUAAACUAUUUUUACAAACUGA